AUUUUUUUUUGUCAGGAACAAGUGGUGUACAACGAUCAGCGGUUUGGAACUCAUUCUGUAGACAGGUUUCAUCCAUCUAGAUACGCCCAAAAUUCGUCCAUCCAUCGAGCAGUUCCGCGUGGUUCCACGCCAAUGAUGGGUGGUGCUAGAGUGCAGUCAAAUUCCAGUUCUCCACGGGUAUACUACGUAAAAAACGCCGUGACGAUCCCAUCGCGCGUGGUGCUGGCGCCUGCGCCGGUGGAGAGUUAUGUUCGCGAAGAGGUUGUAUACGAUAACGAUGGCUAUGUCGUCGACGGCGGCGAAAUUCCAAACCAUUCGGGAAUGCAACAUCAUGAGCCUAAUGGUAGUUUUCGCUGA